UUUGUCACUUCCUGUCUAAAUCAUUCAACCUUAACGAUAUCAUUCAAUCAUGGACCGACGAUAGCAGCGCCUAGGCCUGGAUAUAGAACCCCGCAUAAAAUGAUAAAAUGACUACGCACGAAUGAUGAAGCACAAAUACAAUCUCAGAAAUGUCUUCACCACUCACUCGACCCACCUGGACCCAUACGCAAGCAGCAGCUCUUCAUGGCAUCCGCACCGCAAUCGGUGUUUUCAAGCCUACGUUCGGCCAGGCCCAAUCGCUUACUGAACGCGCACAGGUUCCCAGCGAAGGAAUCCCAGAAGGAAUUCACGUCUCUUGUGAAUUAGCUCCUCCUUCCUCUCAGAUCCCUGCAUCUAUUCACUCAACCACGAUCCAACUGGGUCAGGUUCCUGUCUUCUUUUAUACCAAUGCGCUCUCUGAGUCCCUUGAUGCGAAGAAAGAUGUCAAAGUCAUACUUCAUGUGCACGGAGGCGGCAACGUCUCCGGACAUCCAACGGAAAAGAGGUUUAUGACAUUCUUCUCUCGCAUACUCCACACACUUGGCAAGAAAUCUGGCGCACAAGGAUCCAGUGCACACAUCAUUGCAGCUCCUUCCCGUAGACUUGCGACGGUCCCCGAGAACCUCUUUCCAGCGGCGUUACAAGAUCUAUUCUCUGCAUACCAUCACUUGAUCUUGAGAGGCUUUGCUGCCGAGAACAUCACUAUCACAGGUGAUAGUGCAGGCGGAAACCUGGCUCUUGUCCUCACGUAUAUCAUAUCACAAUCCACUCUCCCGAUGCCAGGACACGUUGCACUCUUCUCCCCAGACGCAGACGUCACUUAUGCCUCCUACACUUCUAUACCUCACGACGUCAUACCUCUAUCAGCCUACCAAGCCUGUUCUUCCCAAUAUCUAGGCAAUUUCCCUGCCAACCACCCUCUAGCAUCAGGCAUCCUAAUUCCAUUCACUCUCACGGAGAAUUGUGAGUGGUAUCCAAGAGGCAGGCGGGAUAGCUGAACUUGUGGAGUAUGCGGAUUUGACACAUGCGUGGUGGAUGUUUCCUCAUAUCUUUCCGCAGUCGGACGAUGGGUUGGAGAGGCUUGCGGAUUUUGUAUACAAAUGAAUGAAUUGUAAACGAGAGUGUAGUACAUGUAACUUGAUGCCGAUUGCGCCUUCUGCUGCAGAGUGAACUAGUGACCCAUGGUCGUGCACAGUAGAGGGCGC